UCCAGAGAAUCAGAGGAACUCCAUCGGAUUUCACAUGGAUAAGGUGAAGGCUUGGCUUUGUUACUGAAUCAUUAUGUCCCUUUAUAGUGUCCAGCUGUUCUGAGUUCGUCUGAGAAGGUGCAGGAGAUGGGAAAUAUGCUGGAGUUACCGCUGUUACACCCAUUGACCACUGGGUCAGUGGCCACCACCCUAGAUACCCUACAAGAUACCACCACCCCUCCAGUCAACAGUGACCUUCCUCACAUGCCUCCUUCACCUGAAGAGGAGGAGGAAGAGGAAGAAGCAGAACAAGAGGUGGUAGAUUUGGAGUCCUAUCAGCCUUGUGUGGUGGACCUCACACAUGAGGAUGAGGAUGAUGUGGAUGUGGUGGCUGUGGUGCCUCGAGAACAAUCAAUAAUAUACUUGGGGACUGAGCAAAGGAGAAGCAACAGAAGGAGAAACACAAGUAACACAACAGCUCCACCACCAGCCCUAGAGGACCUCACACGCCCUGACCAGCAGCAGCACAGCAUAUUUGAGAGCGGUGGUGGAGAUGGUGGUGGCAACACUAGAGAAGAGGAAGGCAUUGUGCUAGGAGGAGAAAGACAAAAUAAUUGGUUAAUGGAUGCACCAUCAAUAGACUUCCAGAACCCCAAUCUUGUCUUUGGAAAUCUCCUGGACGACUACUCACUGGAAGGAGGAGACAGCCACGUUCCCCGCCGACUCAACCCACUCAGGGAAUUCCGUCCUUCCCACAGACGUCAAGGAAGCAGAUCCAGGUCACCUCAGAUUUCAGACUAUUCUCGGGAGGUUACGCGCACCCCAGAGAUAGUCCAAGAUGUACAUGAAAUGCAGUCUGAAGUUGAGGGCAGGAGGUCUCCCUCACACCACAACAUAACUCAGGUGCCCCUUGUACACAAUGCAGUACAGAUUGUGGCUCAAGAGCACAACCAGAAGGUAGCACAAAUCACUGCCCCUCUGCCCCCACCCAGUCCUCCACCGAGAGAGCAGCCCAUCGUCUCCUGCCUGGUGUGUUUGGACUCAGCAGGCACCAUCAAAGAAACUUCCCGUACCUUGUGCUCAACUGUGUGUGGACAUGUUUUCUGUUCAACCUGUCUGGAGGAAGCGGUUAAACGGAAAAAACAGUGCCCAGUCUGUCGGAAAAAACUGACAAAGAAACAGUAUCAUCCACUCUUCAUCUAAAGGCCUCUACUUUUACCUCCUGUGCAGUAAUGAUGUAAGUUCAUGUUUAGUGUAUAUAGUGACACAUAGGAUAUUGUCUGUGGAUUCAAAAAAAGAAACUCUUAACUUGUGAAAAUAACAGGGAUACAAGAUGAUCAAUUAUCAACAGCUCCUCAUCCCUCAAGACUUGGCCUUUUUAAUUCUCACUGGAAGGUGGUUGCCAGUCUUGGUAAUGUGUGUCAUUUCUACCAUACAUAGUAUAGAUCCAUUACUUGCUAAACUAAGUGGCUUGUAAGAUAGCAUGAUAUGAUACAGAGAACAUGUGCACAAAUUUCAAAUGCUACAGAUAUUGACUCAACAGUGGUUUUGCUUUUUAAAAAAAUAUUUUGGAUACACUUCCAGAACUUGAAUGCAUUAAAAAACUCUAGUGUGGUGUUUCAUAGUAAAACUAUUAGUUGAAGUGGUACUUAUCAAAAUUGCCUUUGGAGCAGCACUAGUAAUUUGGCCUGGGUGAUCACAAAUCAGUUAGCACUGACUACUACUGCAGGUUUAAAGCCUUCUGUUAAAGUGUGUAGAGAAAGACAGCUAUUAAAUAUUUAAAUUUCCCUUGUGGAUCACAGUUAGUAUAUCAGAUCAUGUAAUUUUAAUGUUUUACUAGAAAAAUAUAUUUGUUUCCAAGAGUGGUGCAGUUGUGGGCAGAAGUUGGAUAACCUUCUGCUCUCACUUCCACCGUUCUUUAUGUUUUCUAUCAGUCUUAAAUUCUCUGAUCUGCUGACACUCUAGUAAUAAAAACUGCUGAUGAGUUAAGGAAGAAUGCUAAACACAGUGUGAGUGUGUGUUGUAUGUUAUCCAACUGUUGCCAAGACUCUGCCUAAUAAACCAAGGAAGAUAUUUACACUAAAUUAUGUGUGUUGUUUCACAAUUUGCACACACACACACACACACACACACACACACACACACACACACACACACACACACACACACACACACACACACACACACACACACACACACACACACACACACACACACACACACACACACACACACACACACACACACACACACACACACACACACACAUGUUAAAUCCUUCAAUGGAAGUUUUUAUAACUCGGUAUACAAAUCAUGAGUGACGUAGUGAUGUUAAGUCGUUUCAUAGAUGCAUUGCUAUGUUUCCUAUGAAUUUUUGUUGAAUUUUUUCCCUCCUAUUUUUUUAUGUAUAUGUAUGUAUAUUUUUUUUUUUUUAUUUUCUGUCAUUACUUGAGGAGUCUUGUUAUUUUGAGAAUUACAUUCCAACGAGUACCGUUUUCUUCAAAUAGCAAAAACAAACUGUAUGCUCACAACACAGUGGAAAAAAGUGUUGGUUGUGACAUGAGUAAUUGAUUAUGUUAAGACAAAGUGAACUCCAUUUUCAUUUUAUGUUGGAUACGGAAAUAAUUUGAAAGCAAUAUUGAAAGUCAAUGUCUACUUAAUUUUGAAACUGUCAGUCAUACAAAUUUUUUUCACUUAUCUAUAGUGAAUCUCUACCUAUUUGUGAUGUGAAUAAAAUUCAACUACUGUGUAGUAUUUUUGUGUCAGCAAAGCUGUUACCCAUUUAAAGGCUAGAAUUCUGUUGUGCUCUCUAGUUGUGGCAGCAAAUAAUUGCCAAUCACUUCAAUAAAUGAUACAGUGAUGAAGCAAAACUUCUCUGAAUGGUUUGACUCCUGCUAUGUAAUUGUGAAUUUUUAUAUUUGAAGAGAUGUUGGAGAACUUAGUGAUACAAUGUACCUAUUUUGAGUAUUACAUACAAUGUAAGGAUGAAGAUGCCAAUAAAAUUUCAGUAAUCUCAACUGCUGCAAUUUACAAUAUAUGUCAACUUCUGGUAAUGUUACCAACAAGGCAUGAUUCAUUAUUUGUGCAGGUUUGUAGUGACAUGCCAACCCCAGACUCCAGGGAAAUGGCAAAAGGAGAAGAAGCAGUGACUCAGCAGAAUAAAAUACACUUAAAUUGGUGUUGUGUUGCUGGUCAUGUAUUGUGCUGUAAAUUCUAUUUAAGUCUGAAAUGAGUACAAUGACAUGGUUACUCUUAGACAAUGAGCUGUACAGGAUCAGAAUAUCAUCAUACAAACCAUUAAAAUGUAUUUAUUGCCAUUAAGUAAACAAGAUAAGGAGAUGAGUGUCUUGUAGAUAUAUUAGAUUAAACUGGCUUCAGUACAACAGCUGCAAAUCA